GAAAAAAGCGUCAUGCACUAAGUCCAGAAAUUUACAUUGGAAAGAGGCACCAAUUGUUUUCAUCAAGCUGACUUUCCCAGGUGUUACUCGGAAAAGCUGACCGGUGAUAGGGCACUGGGUCAACUCACGCUAAUUAUGAAACCGUGAGUAAAAUAAUCUAUGCUUCUAUGUAACUCAAGUGCCAACAAAUCAGGAAGCUCACAGAGGGACGAAAAGCAUUCCCAGAACCACACGCUGGUUCGCCACCUUCCCGGUGGAAAAACCCUUUUUUCGGAAAUUCUUAGCGCAAAAACUUUGCCCUAUUCCAAAAUGGCUCCGGCUCCCACAACUUAAGCACAGCGCAGGUCCGGAAGUUACGCAACCCCAAGAGAUAGCACGCCCUUACCCGUAGGGAGCGUUUCCGCCAUUUUUGAAAAUUGGUAAGGUCCUGGUUUUAAGUGUAGUUGCCGACGCAAUGGCAGCCUUUGCCGUGGAACCUCAGGGGCCCGCGUUAGGAUCUGAACCAAUGAUGCUGGGUUCACCCACAUCUCCAAAGCCAGGAGUUAAUGCCCAGUUCUUACCUGGAUUUUUAAUGGGGGAUUUGCCAGCUCCGGUGACUCCCCAACCUCGAUCAAUUAGUGGCCCUUCGGUAGGAGUAAUGGAAAUGAGAUCACCUUUACUUGCAGGUGGGUCACCACCACAACCAGUUUUACCAGCUCAUAAAGAUAAAAGUGGCGCUCCACCAGUUAGAAGUAUAUAUGAUGACAUUUCUAGCCCAGGACUUGGAUCAACACCUUUAACUUCAAGAAGACAGCCAAACAUUUCAGUAAUGCAGAGUCCUCUUGUUGGAGUUACAUCUACUCCUGGAACAGGUAAGAUAGAAGCUGACUGUUUUCUUUGGACAACUGUUUUUUUCAGGUUUCCUCAAGCAUCUGCGUCCUACAUAUUAUUACAAUUUGCACAGUAUGGGAAUAUCUUAAAACAUGUGAUGUCUAAUACAGGAAAUUGGAUGCAUAUUCGUUACCAAUCUAAACUGCAGGCUCGGAAAGCCUUAAGCAAAGAUGGGAGGAUUUUUGGAGAAUCCAUCAUGAUUGGUGUAAAACCAUGUAUUGACAAAAGUGUUAUGGAAAGCAGUGACAGAUGUGCUUUAUCAUCUCCAUCUUUAGCCUUUACACCACCAAUCAAAACUCUAGGUACCCCAACACAACCUGGAAGUACUCCUAGGAUUUCUACCAUGAGACCUCUUGCUACAGCAUACAAAGCCUCUACUAGUGAUUAUCAGGUUAUUUCUGACAGACAAACGCCAAAAAAAGAUGAAAGUCUUGUAUCCAAAGCAAUGGAGUACAUGUUUGGCUGGUAGUAGAAGACCAAGGAGGAGGUUGCUACACUAAAACCGAGUUAGCAGAGUGCUGCUGGUUCCUUCGGUUAGUUAUAUAACCGUUCCUGCAAUAUUGGAUAGCUGUCUCAUACUUCUUUUAGAAAGAAGCCUUUUUCAUUAAGGAUACAGCCUUUUUGUAGCUCGCACUUUAAAAGAUGCUUGAGAUACAUUUUAAAGAAAACUAAAAAUCCCUGUGAAUAGGAUUUUGUGCUUUCUGUAACAGUGCAUGCUUCAGCACCGAAAACUCAGCAUUGAUUAUUGUAAAUUAAAUAACUGAAAUUGUGGUGAGACUUCUUAGUCUUCAUGAGAACGUGGGGGUGAAUUUCAUGAAGGGGAACUGUAGUUAUUUCUACUGACACAAAGAUUAUAAUUAGCAAUUUGAAUUAUGGUCUUUUAAUUUAGAUAGUAUUUAAUAUUUUAAUUAUCCUUGUUUGUAUAUGUCCUGUCACAGAAUGUCCUCUUGAUGUAUUCUAAAACGAGCAUUCUUUUUAAAAACUUACUACUAAAGUUUCUUGAUAAUAAACCUUGUCAAUGAUA